ACUGUUAUGUGGUAACCGCACCACAAUUCUCUAAUUUGGGCCAUGUUGUUUGUUUCGAGGUCGUCUUAAAUCAUCGUCACUGUUAGCUCUUAGCGCAGCCGAUUAUUCGGGAAAACCAAGUUGCUCUUCGUUUGCUUGUCCCUCUCUCCCUUUGCGCGCCUGCAGUAGUUUGGGUCUUCCGUUGUAACACACAUAGAUCGUCCGACUGUGGCACCAACGGGCGUCUUGGAGUGGCUUCUUAGUCCAAUACUUUCCUACUUAGGACUGCACAUAGAGAGAGGUAGAGAGAGGGUGUGCGCGUGCGACUAAGCGUUACUGGCCAAUUAUUAUUCUGUUCGAGGUGCGACAGGAAGCUCCACGAGGGGUGCGACACAUUCACCGCGAGCGGCCCGGAAUUGAAGCGCUACGAUUCUUUGCAAGACCAUGAUGCUUUAAUGGAACAUGACUUCUGUUCUCCCCGCACUGCUUAUAGACGUUAAACCAUCUAUACCUUUCGUGCGAUCGAGCCCCAUCAUGACCGAGGUCCAGGAGCCGACGCCGCCUCAGAACGUCCAGCAUGAAGAUGACCCGCAGCGAGGGCGUCGCCGGAGUCGCUCUCCUGACAAGGAUAUCGAUGGCAAUGACAGCGACCAGGCAGGCGACGGUGACACCAAAAACGGUAAUUCGUCAAACUCGGAUGGUCCCGUGAGAAAGCGGAGACGGAGUCGCAAAGGUCUAGAUAAGAAAUUCGAAUGUCCUACUGAGGGAUGCGGCAAGAGUUAUUCAAGGGCCGAACAUCUUUAUCGGCACCAAUUGAAUCAUUCGCCGAAACAGAUAUAUAGAUGCGACUUUCAGGAUUGUAAGCGCCAGUUCGUCCGACUCGACUUGUGUAACCGUCAUAAGGAUCGCCAUACUGCGAAAGGGUCUGCGCUGAAUCGGAAAGAUUCUUUGAUUAGCCAGUCUUCUCCCGUCGACAACGUAAGACCUCCGUACCCUACGCCCAGUGCCGUUUCCCCCGAUUCCGAUAGACUCGGGCCAAGCUAUACUCAAGGACGCGGAGCUCACUAUGAAUACCAGUCACCAAAAGAUACCAUCGGUACCCCUUAUACUCCGAUAUCAAAUACACCACCCGCGAACUUUUCUCAUGUCGGUCAUCCAAACGGAGUUGACGGUUAUAUGCAUCACGAGCAGGGUUAUUCCGCUCCUCAUGGUGCGCGGCAUCCGCACCACUCUCCUUCAGGCCCUCCACGACCGACAAUCCAAACCGGCGUCGGUGCCCCUUAUGGUGUUUUAUCGCCAGUUCCCACGCAGCACGGCAACUAUCAUGGGCAUCUCGCCAAUACCCCUCAGUCUGCCCCGACGAUGCCAUACGUCACUCAGCAAAAUUUAACACCUUUUACCUUACCCCCUUCAGAUUUCGCGACGACAACUGCUGGUAACAUGCCGAGGGAAUCUGGACAAGCUUAUGCACCACAAAAUUCUAACGAUUAUGACCAUUCGCAUUCCCAAUCAAAUGGUGAGAUGGUGCUGCUGGAUCAGAUGGCAACGCAAACUACCAUUCCAAUUUUUGGCAGUGACGGCGUCUUGAAUAAGUCCCCAUACGUUGCUAUUCCCGAAGACUUUUUUGCAUAUCUCUUUAAUACCAAUGAUCCUAACGGGUCGCCACAGGUGGGCCAUGUAAUGCCACCAAAUCAAUAUGCUAACUAUGCGGAGCAUCAAUAUGGCAUGCCGUAUUACGAAAGUGCAUCUCUGGGAUAUUUUCCGCCGUCUAACCAACCACAGCAGGUCAUGGCUGUCACAAAUCUUCUUGACCCGAACCUCCCGGAGUCGCUCUUAUCUGAAGAAAAGAGCCAAGAGCUUUUUGACUUUAUUAAGGAGAGGUUCCACGAGAACGAUCAUGCGCCAGUGGAGCGUCAACGAGAAAGCAUAUUAGAAGGUGACAGAAGUGAUGAGAAUCACAUGUUAAGCCGAAAGAUGAUGCAGCAGUAUAUAGGUUCUUACUGGAUUCACUUCAGCGAUCAGAUACCCAUUCUCCACAAACCGACGUUUUCGCCGGAUAGGACGCCGAAUUUGUUGUUAAUAGCAGUGAUGGCAAUAGGUGCUGCCUGCCUAGAUAGAACGCACGGGCCGAAGGUCAUCAUGGCUGGAUCUCAACUCUCUAACUUCCUUGCGUGGCACCUAAGGUGGGAAAUAUUCAUGGACGUGAAUUGCCGACCGCCGGCGAAGAUCUGGGCCUUCCAGACUCUGUUAUUACUGGAGCUUUAUGAGAAGAUGUACUCGACAAGGGAGCUCCAUGAACGAGCACACAUCCACCAUGCGACCACCAUUACGCUCAUGCGGAGAGGGAGGGCCCUGAUUGGGAAAUCUGCUCUCGACUCACCGCCAAACCCACGAGAUGAGAAAUCGGGGGCGAAUAGUUCUCGGCAUUCUUCUACUUCGGGGCUCGCGCAUACGCCGGAUGAGUGGUGGAACCACUGGAUAACGAACGAGACUACCAGACGUGCGGCGUUUGCGGCGUUUCUUAUCGAUUCGAUUCAUGCUACGAUGUUUGGGCAUUCGACCGUGAUGGUGGCACACGAAAUGCGUUUGCCCCUCCCUUGUGACGAUCAGCUAUGGAAGGCUACAAGCGGCGCUGAGGUUGGUAGGAUCGAGGCGAACCUUAUGUCUAAUGGAAUUAAGCCUAUCUCAUUCCUCGAAGGACUCAAGCGGACUCUUGCGGGGCAUGAAGUACAGACGAAUCCUUUCGGCCGACAGAUCCUCAUGGCAGGUUUGCUAAGCGUGAGUUGGCAUAUGAACCAACGUGACCUGCAAGUCAGCUCGCUCGGCGGCGGCGUGCAACAAGCGCUUGGGGGGCGUGACAAAUGGCGAUCAACACUUACGAAAGCGUUCGACUCGUGGAAGACAGACUUCGACAAGUCGCUGCAACGCGCUGAUACGGUGGUCGAUCCGUAUAGCUACGACAAGCGGAACGAAGCUAAUGUGGUAUUUGAAAGUAGGACAGUGUUACAUCAUCUAGCGCACAUGGCAAUGCACGUGGAUAUCGUCGACUGUCAGAUAUUUGCUCGCGCCAAACGCCUUCUUGGUAGAGCGAUCGGUACACAGGAUUUAAAUAGCGCGCAGCGUCGAAUGAAGGACCUCUGGGCGCCGUCUGCAAAAGCUCGCGAUGCCACAUUUUACGCUGCUAAAUUCCUAUGCUCAGUUUUGCUCCCUGAAAAUGCAGGAUCACCUUCGGAGGGUUACAGCCACCAAUCGGGUAUCCUGAUGUAUCUAGCCAGAGAUGACGUCCUCCUGAACCGGCCAUGGGUGCUCUACUUCGCAGCAUUGGUUGUAUGGUGCUACGGUUUCGCGCUGGAGGGCCCUUGUCCCGGAGUUCCCAUUCCGAAUACUACCGAGGAGAAAAUGAGCCAGAUGCGCGAGUACCUAUUGAGAGUUGGUUCGGUGGCGUCGCCAGAAGAUCUCAAGGGUAUGAGGGGUGUCAACAACAACAGUACUCUACUUAUAGUUCUUAAGGACUCCUUCGAGUCGACACGGUGGGAGCUGCUGCACGAAGGAGCAACACUGCUGAGCAAUUGUAUCCAGCUCAACAGUGGCGCAACUGUGGUUUAGCGAAGCCCAUUGCAAAUAAAAUACGAAACAAAAAACCCUUGCCCAAAAAGGAAGAAACAUGGAGUAUACGGAAGCAUGAUGAACGAGAAUCUGAAGAUGGCUAACUGAU